AUGGACUGGGCACCGCCGACACCCGCGAGCCCACCAGCGGCGUACCCGCCCUUGCCCGCCGCCGCCUCGUCCUCGUCCUCGUCGUCGUCGCGCACCGCCUCGACCUCGAGCCGCAACCCGUGGGCCGCGAGCGGCAGCUUCUACCUCGGCGGGUCAGCCGCUCCUUCGAGCAUGGCCACCCGCAAAGCCCCGCCCUUCAAGGGCCGCUCGACCAGCCACCGCACCCUCGCCUCGCCUCCUCCUCCUCGACCUCCUGCACCGCCUCAUUCGACUCCGCCCUCGCCGCCCGUCCUUCUCACCGAGGGCGUCUGCUGCUGCUGCGGCACCACACUGCGCUACCCUCGCCCCAGCCCGAGCUUCCGCUGCACCGUCUGCAACACGGUCGUCGACCUGUCCGACCUCGCUCGCAAGGGCAAAGCCCGCCAAGGCACCCCAGUACCCGACGCGACCCCGGUCACCGAGGCCCAGAUCAUCGACCUCGUUCAGCGCCUCGCCUCGCGGCACUCGGAAACCGACCACGACCUCGCCCACCGCCUCGGCGCCCUCGAGCUCACCGCGCCCGACGACGACCGACAAGACGACCCGGAGGAUACGCUCCUCGCCCUCGUCGCGACGGCGUUCGACAACCUGCCCAGCCUCGAGGCGUCGUUCCGACCCGCGCCCGGACCCUCGACAACCCCUUCGCCCUCACGUCGAUCUCGCCUACCGCGCCACGAUACUCUCGUCGCCCUGUACGACCUCGUGCGCCAUCGUCCAGUCGCCCUCGACCUCCUGCGCGGCCAGGUCGACUCGCUCCUGCGUCGGCCGGGGCCAACGCUCCUCGACAGCGACGGUGCCUGGCUCGUCUCGCUCUUCGAGUGCCCUGUAUUCCUGCCCGAGUGCACGCCCAACCCAGACGAGCGGCGCGAGCUCCUGUCUCGCCUCAUCGGCGUCACCUCGAACCUGCCCAACCCGCUCCACCACGCCCUCGUGACGCACCUCUCGUCGUCCCGGUACCCGCGCACGGCCCUCCUCGACAAGGUCGACGCCCUGUGCAGCUUCUUGUCGUACCGCAUCGGGCGCUGCAUCGACUCGGACGACCUCGGCGCGUACGCCGACGACUGGAUGGUGCGCUCGAGCGCACGUGUCGGGAGCCUCCUUUUCGCGGCCAACGUCAAGACGCGACACGUUGCGCCCUCGACCUUCUACGUCACGCUCGUCGACUCGCUCGGCGAGGCCGCGCUCAUCCAGGACUUUCAGGCGUGGGAGGCCCAGACUGGGCAUUUUUCGCUGUGCCAGUACCCGUUCCUGUUGAGCCUCGGCGCCAAGCUCACCCUGCUCGCGUUUGACGGCGAGCGUCAGAUGAUUGAUCGGGCGGGCGAGGCGUACCGCGCGAGCUUCGGGUCGAGCGAGGCCGAGAGCCCGUUGCUCGUGCUGCGGGUCAGGAGGGAGCACCUCGUCGCCGACAGCCUGCGCCAGAUCUCGCUCAACCGGUUCAAUCUCAAGAAGCCGCUCCGGGUCAAGUGGGAGGGCGAGGAGGGCAUCGACGCCGGCGGGCUCCGCAAGGAGUGGUUCCUCCUCUUGUGUCGACAGCUGUUCGACCCGCAGUUCGGCAUGUUCGUGCCAGACCCCGACUCGAACCUGUGCUACCUCAACCCGGGCGCGCUCGGCAUGGAGGACGACUUCUGGCUCGUCGGCGUCGUCGUCGGCCUCGCCGUGUACAACUCGGCGACGCUCGACCUGCCGCUCCCUCUGGCCAUCUACAAGAAGCUCUCGUUCGAGCCGCUCGGACUCGCCGACCUCGCGCAGGUGCAGCCGGCGCUCGCUCGCGGCCUGCAGCAGCUGCUCGAUUAUGACGGCGCCGACGGGACCGUCGAGGACGUGUUCUGCCGGGCGUUUGUCGGGGCAUACGAGGCGUGGGGCGAGACGGUCGAGGAGGAGCUGGUCGAGGGCGGGAGGGAGGUCGCCGUCACCGAGGAGAACCGCAAAGACUAUGUCCGCCUCCUCGUCGACUUUCUCCUGUCUAAGUCGGUCUCGCCGCAGUUCGACGCCUUUGCCGAGGGCUUCCACGAGGUGUGCGCCGGCAGCGCCCUGUCGCUGUUCAAGGCGCAGGAGCUCGAGCUCGUCGUGCGAGGCUCGACCGAGGCGCUCGACGUCGAUGCGCUGCGGGGCGUCACGGUGUACGAGGGUUUUGCGCCCGACGAGCCGACGAUCGACGCCUUCUGGUCGACCUUCCACGCCUUCUCGCCCGAGCAGCAACGGCGCCUCCUCGCCUUCAUUACGGCCUCGGACCGCCUUCCAGCGACGGGCACGGCGGGCCUCACGCUCAAGCUCCAGUGCUCGGGCGACGACACGGCCCGCCUGCCCUCGGCGAGCACGUGCUUCAACACGCUCAUCCUGCCGCGGUACCGCACGAGGGUCGUCGUGGAGAGCAUGCUCGUGCGCGCCGUCGAGGACAGCGAGGGAUUCGGGCUGCGGUAGACUUUCCCUCUUGUAUCGCUGCAUCGCAUUGCAUUC